ACGCUGCCAUGUGACGUGAUUCACUCUGUCCGGCAGGCAGACUAUGGCGUCCGACGCGGAGCAAGGGCGGGAACUGCGCUUUUACAGGGAGCUUCCUAAAGUGGAGCUCCACGCCCACUUGAAUGGCUCCAUCAGUUCUGUUACUAUGAAGAAACUUCUGGCUCAGAAACGAUAUCUUCAAAUCCAUAAUGGAAUGACAAUGAUUGACAAGGGGAAGAAAAGGACUUUAGAAGAAUGUUUUCAGAUGUUUAAUAUCAUUCAUCGGAUUACCAGUAGGACUGAAGAUAUAUUAAUGGUAACUAAAGAUGUUAUUAAAGAAUUUGCUGCCGAUGGUGUCAAGUAUCUGGAGUUAAGGAGCACACCUAGAGAGGAAAAUGGCACUGGCAUGACGAAAAGGACAUAUGUGGAAGCUGUACUUGAAGGAAUAAAACAGUGCAAAGAGCAGGAUUUGGAUAUAGAUGUCAGGUUUUUAAUAGCAAUAGAUAGAAGAGGGGGACCUAUCGUUGCCAAGCAAACUGUUAAACUUGCUGAAGAGUUCCUCCUUUCCACCGACGGGAUUGUGGUAGGGCUUGACCUCAGUGGUGAUCCCACCGCAGGACAUGGCAAAGAAUUUUUUGAACCCCUUUUUGAAGCAAAAAAGGCAGGUCUGAAACUGGCAUUGCAUCUUUCAGAGAUCCCAAAUAAAGAAGAGGAGACCAAAAUUCUCCUUGGUUUGCCUCCAGACAGAAUUGGACAUGGUACAUUUCUCAACUCUGUGACAGGUUCAGAGGACCUUGUGCAGCUUGUUAGACAGAAUCACAUACCUAUAGAACUUUGUAUGACGUCAAACUUCAAAAGUCAGACUGUACCUUCCUGUGACAAACACCAUUUUGGAUACUGGUACAACAUUGGCCACCCUACUGUACUUUGUACUGACGAUAAAGGUGUCUUUGCAACGGAUCUGUCUCAGGAGUACCAUAUGGUUGCUAAAACAUUUAAUCUGACGCCGUCACAGAUGUGGGACCUCUCCUAUGAAUCAAUCAACUAUAUCUUUGCUUCAGACAGUAUAAAAUUGAAGCUAAAGGAACACUGGCAUAAACUGAAACCAAGUCUGCUAAGUAAUUAAACUAUAGUUUAUAAAUAGAUGAAAACAGAAUAUAAUAGCUCAGUUAAUAAGGAUGAUCUGCCUAAGCGAUUCUGUCUUGGCCUUUUAAAUUUUUAUACAAACAUAGGGUCCAGUCCUGCAGCCUCUGAUUAUAUGAGUUAAGGGCUACAGGAACAGUCCCUUAUUUAACCAGGAUGAUAGAGAAGUUCCUUUCCACACUUUGUCUGAAAAAAAUCUGUCAGUGAGUAAAAUUCCAGAUUUUUCAUGUACUAAAUACUAUAUUCACUGUAGAGAAACUAGUUUUUUUAAUUACCAUAUAUACUCGUUCAUAAGACAAAUUUUUUUAGUAAAAAAGGGAAGCAUCAGAGAAGGGGGUCAGCUUAUGAACGGGUAUAGAGAGGGAGAGGUGGGACACAGUCCUUCCCCCCAACAGAGGAAGCAAGGAGAGGCAGCAGAGCCAGAAGGGAAGAGGCAGGGCCAGAGUCUUUCUGCUUCUGGCCACGUUAUUCUCCCCGCAGCCUCCGAAGCAGCUGCAGCUCUGGGGCUGGCAGGCUGUGGCGGUGCCGCCCUGCCCCACCUGCCAUAGCAGGCUGCAGCUGUGCUGCCUGCCCCAGCACGCUGGAGCAGGCUGCAGCCAUGCUGCCCGGCCCAACCCACCGGAGCAGGCUACGGCCGCACUGCCCGGCCUGGCCUGCUGGAGCACCUCCGGCCAGGCCAGAGACAUCCUCACCUGGCCCACCCCAGCUAAGGUGGGAAGAGAUGGGAUGGGGAGAGUGUGGGGGUCCUGGGCUAGGGGUAGGGUCAUGUGGGGAGUGGUCACAGGGGUUACUCCCCUGGCCCCCAGCUUCUCUCCCCCGCCUCUCCAAAAUUUCCCCACCAGUUGCUGUCCCGGCCUGUCAGGGUAAGCCGCUGGUGGGCCGGGACACUUUGUUUACUUAGGUUUACCUCCAUGCCUGUGGAUGCUUGAGGUAAACAAACCAUCUCAGCCUGCCAGCGGCUUAUCCUGAUGGCCCAGGAGCCAAAGUUUGCUGACCCCUGAAUUAUAAAGUUGGCUUAUGAAUGAGUCAUAAAAAAUUUCCAUUUUUACUUAUCCAUGUGGGCAGGGGGAAGGUUGGCUGAUAAACGAACUGGCUUAUGAUCGAGUAUAUAUGGUACUUUUUGCUUAAAUGUGUUGAAAUAUCACAAAUAUUGGAACCAUCAUAGUAAAAUAACGUUGAGUAGGAAAAGAACAUAAUACACAUGUAGCAACAAUGUGCUAAACAGUAUGUAUAUUUUUUCUAUAUCAAUCUUAAGUAGGCUGAUUGAGCAGAAAGAUAUGGACAAUCUCAGAGAGAAAAAAAUACUUGUCAAUAAGAUCUUCACACUCAGUUAAGAGACAUAUUAGACUGUUCCUGCUGAUAUAGAUGUCUGACCAAAGCUUUCUGUGGGUAGUUUUAAUGAAUACGCUGAGACAAUAAAACUGAACUACACUAUCAACACACUCAGAAUUAACAGUGUAUUACGGUGUCUCUGUGUUACAUGAGCAAGCAGAAAAAAAUUCUAAAACCAAAAUCAACAACUGUGACAUUUAUGGGGUUUUGUUUUGAAAAUGCUUUAUUAUAAUUUAAAGUUUUUCUUUCCAUUUUUUUUUAAAAAACAAAAAAUAGCUUUUUUGAUGCUGUGUGUUUCUAAAACCACUACUUUUGUUUUUGCUCAGGGUUUGUAGAAUGGAGGCAUGUAUGCAGCAAAUUAUGUAAAGUUGUAUCAUUUAUAAGAGAUGCUUUCCUACUAAAUGAUACCAUGUCUGUUUUGACACCACAGGGAGCUCUUUAGUUUGGGAAACGAGAUGUAGUUUUUGUUAGUGGUAUUAAUUUAUGCAUUGAUCGAUCUGUCACUCUUCGGGAGAAGAAUCAUUGACAACACAAUCUUGCCAUAUGUGGCUCCUAUAUCCCUUAAGAGACUGUGUUUUGUGAGUAGUUUAAGUAAUUUUACUAGGAAUUGGGAUUUAACUUCAUAGAUUAGGAAAGAGAUUCCACCGUGUAGAACUGGUCCUAUUACUUCAGGAAAUCCCUUUGCUGUCUGAGUUUCAGGAGACCGGACUAUUAAUGGACUAUGACAAACUGCAUUUUUUGCAGUGCUAAUGAAAGUAGACCGUACUGAAUGUUUUGAAGAUAUAAAGGCAAUCUAUUUGAAUGAGUCACUGGCUAUGCUGUUUCAAGUGUUUGUUGGCUCAUGAGAACCGUCAUAGGUAAUGAUUUUUUUGUAUCUUGUAACAAGGCUACUAAUAUAGGUUAUGUGUUGCUGCUGUCAACAGUCACUGUCACUUCUACUCUGCGUGAUCCUGCCAGGUACUCAGACAAUUGGGCCCUUGAAAAUCUUUUUAGGAGGGGGAGAUCUUGCAACCGUCAUGGGGAUGGCUAAUAUAGUGCCUCCAAAUAUUUGUGAUAGGCUCAGAUUCCACAAGCCUAGUGAUGGGAUCCCAGUCCUUGGUCUCUAGAUGUCAGGGCAACUUGCUGUUGUGGCUGAGCCAAUUGGAAAAAGGUUUAUGAUGAUAAAAACUGGAGAUAGUUAGAAUGUUUAUGUGGCAGGAUGAGCUUUCUCAGCUAUGUCAUUUAGAAUGAAGCCUCUGGCUUUCACUAAAUGAUGAGUGACUCGGUAGAGGGAUAGUUCUUUUCUGCUGAGAAUACUCACCUCUCAUGUGCUAAGAAGUCAGUUCAGACAGUCAGUUAUGUGACCUCCUAUCAGCAGCUGGACAUGGGAAACAACCACAACUUUGUGACGUCUGCUCUGUAUAGAAGGAGCUGUCCUGGCUGAGCUGUCCAGUUCUUUUCUGUGUCCCAGUAGAUCUCUCUCUGACUUCUGAACUAGGGAUUUAGUUGUUUAUUGUGAUCCACUUUCAGGUAGCUGCUGCUUAUAUGUAUGUGGGGAAGAGCAAGACCUAUCUGCAUUCUGUUCCCACAUCCCCGAGUCCUGAGGCCAAGGAAAGAGUGCUCUAAGAUGAGGAGCUGUGGUUCAUGUGUUUUUAGUAAAUAAUUCCCCUGGCACCCUAUCAGCCAUCCAUGAUUGGGAUCAGUUGUGCCCCAGCCAUAAAGUACAAGUAAUUUGUGUAAAUUGCUGUGUGGGUGUUGUGUGCCCACUGGCAAGCCAGCCAGAAUAUGACUUUAGAGUGGAACCUCAAAGUUACGAACAUUAGAGUUUCAAACUGACCAAUCAAUCACACAUCUGAGUUGGAACCAGAAAUACACAAUCAGGCAGUAGCAGAGACUACCGCUUCCUCCCCCCCC